AGGCUUAAAGGAAAAAGCACUCUCCUUCUUCUUCUUCUUCGUCUUCUCUCUCUUAUGUCCUUGUCCAAUUCCCAAAUCCUUCGUUGUUGAAUUUUGUCUUCUUUCUUCCUGAGUUUUCCCUUCUUCUCUUCAAGAAACCUUGAUCAGGGCUUAUGGGUUUCGAUGAAACAAUGAGAUUUUGAUGAAUCUAGGUAGUGGAGAAACUUACUGCUCCCAAAGAGAUUUUGGCCAUAGAGUAUGAAAUUCCCCCAAAGGUUGUUUUGAUGGAAGCGAAGGUUCCUAGACCUAGGGGAAGACCGAGGAAACGUCAGAGAUUAGAGGAUGAUAAUCGAAAAUUGAACAAUCGAGGGAAAAAGCAAGUUCUGGAGGUUGAGCCUGCAGUGCCGAUAUCUUUACUUGGUUGUUAUAUGCUGAAAGAUUUUGAUGACAAUGAAGUUUUUCUAGGGAAGAUAGUGUCUUAUGAUACUGGGUUAUAUAGAGUGAUAUAUGAGGAUGGUGAUUGUGAGGAAUUGGAGAGUGGUGAUCUUCGUCGUUUAAUUAUUUCGGAUAGUUACUUAGACGAUGAGUUACGUGUUAGAAGGAAGAAAUUAGAUAAACUUAUACUGAAGAAGGAGGAGAAAAAGAAACGAAAUUCGCCGGAGAACAAAGCAGUUGAGUUGCCAAAUCAAGUAAAUGGAGUGCAGGCACGAGCAGUUACGAACUCCGAAGAUGGUGAUUCAUAUAGUGACUCAGAGUCGUCUGAGAGUGGAGAUAAGAGAGGUUCAGAUCUUGAAAUUGAGGCUCCUCUUGUUCCACCAGUGGAUUUACCUCCUUCAUCAGGGACAAUUGGUAUCCCAGAGGAGGCUGUGGCACAUCUCUUAUCUGUAUAUGGGUUCUUAAGGUCAUUUAGUUUUCAGCUUUAUAUCUGCCCAUUUGAACUCAAUGAUUUUGUGGGAGCGUUGUAUUUCUCGGGACCAAAUUCUUUGUUGGAUGCUGUUCAUGUGGCCUUGUUGCGGGCAUUGAAGGGUCAUCUAGAGAGACUUUCCUCCUCCAAGUCUGUCCUAGCCUCAAAAUGCUUGAGGUGCAUUGAUUGGAGCUUGCUCGAUGUGCUAACUUGGCCUGUUUAUUUGGUUCAGUACUUUACUGCGAUGGGGCAUGCUAGUGGGCCUCAGUGGAACAUUUUUAACAAAUUUGUUGUGGAAAUAGAAUACUACUCGUUACCCAUUGGGAUGAAAUUGAAGAUUCUACAAAUUCUCUGUGAUGACAUCUUUGAUGUAGCUGAUCUAAGAGAUGAAAUAGAUGCUCGCGAAGAAUCUGAAAUUGGAUUUGAUCCUGAUAGAGUUGCCACAGGUCUUCUUGAAAAUGUACCUAGACGGGUCCACCCCAGAUUCGCUAAAACCUCAGCUUACAAGGAAAAAGAGGUUACUGAUAGCUCAACAAACGAGUCUAAAGAUUUGGACUCAAGAUGUACUAAUGGCGGUUCAAAUGAAGUUAGCUCAGAUCUAGAUGGAAACAGUGAUGAAUGUAGGAUUUGUGGAAUGGAUGGAACCUUGCUUUGUUGUGAUGGAUGUCCUUUAGCAUACCACUCAAGAUGCAUUGGUGUGGUCAAAAUGUAUAUACCAGAUGGGCCAUGGUUUUGUCCAGAGUGCACUAUUAACAAAAAGGGGCCGAAGAUUGCUCAUGGAACCUCACUUAGAGGAGCUGUACAGUUUGGAAUGGAUCCACAUGGGCGACUCUUCUUGGGUACUUGCAAUCACUUACUGGUGCUUAACAUAUCUGUCAAUGGAGAUGCAGUUGUCAAGUACUACAAUGUUAAUGACAUAUCAAAAGUUGUACUAGUGCUUAUAUCUGCAUCAAGCCAUACACUAGAAUAUGUAGAGAUUUGCAAAGCGAUCACCCAAUACUGGGAUCUUCCUGAAGGUAUCUCCUUGAGGGAAGGGGAGAUUGGUUUAACUCAAGCAAAGGAUAGAGAGGAUGGCAAGGUUUCAGAGAUCACUAAGUCAGAUAGUGCAAAUAUUUCCAAUAGAAGUCAUACCCAGACUGUGUUUGACCUCCCUACAUCUACUUUGGGUAAUACCAACAGUGCUGUUACAGGAGGUUCAUGUGGAAUACAGGGGAAAAAAUUGGCUGCUCGUGUUACCUACCUGGGUUUAUCGUUUAAACCCAACACAUACAAUAAUCAUUACACAAAUGGAGAAUUGGCUGUAUCUGCUGCUGCCAGUUUGGCUGUCCUAUCGUCAGAGGAAACCCAUGAACCUGACCUUCGCAAGUAUAAUAGUGCCAAGAAAGCUGCAUCAAGUAACAUCUUAGAGCAGAUGAAAGCUUUUUCAUUAGUAGCCCCCCGUUUCUUCUGGCCAAGUCCUGAUAAGAAGGAGAUUACCAGAGAAAGAUGUGGUUGGUGUCAUUCUUGCCGACUCACAUCUGCAAGCAGGAGAGGAUGCAUGUUAAAUGCAGCUGUAGCGGGUGCCACUAAGGGUGCAAUGAAGAUCUUCAGUGGUCUUUUUCCUCUAAAGAAUGGGGAGGGAGUCCUUUCGAGUAUUGCAGCAUAUAUUCUAUAUCUAGAGGAAAGCUUGCGUGGUCUGAUAGCUGGGCCAUUUCUCAGUGAAAGUCCAAGAAAACAGUGGCGUAAGCAGGUAGAGGAAGCCUCGACAUGCAAAGCCCUAAAAGCACCCCUCCUUGAACUUGAGGAAAAUAUCUGCAGUAUUGCUCUGUCAUGCGAUUGGUUUAAACAGAUGGAUGAUUGGUUGAUAGAACAUUCUAUUUUCCAAAGUGCUCCAGUUACACUUGGGGUUCCACAGAGACGUGGACCUGGUAGGACGAAGCAAAAUACCCAGGCUGAAGUUACAGCUGAAGGUUCCGACGCUGAUAGCUUUACAUGGUGGCGAGGAGGGAAGUUAUCAAAAGUUAUUUUGUUGAAAGCAGUUUUGUCACAACCGGCAACAAAGAAAGCAGCUUGGCAAGGGGGUUCUAAAAAGAUUCCUGGAUUAAAUUAUGGUGAUGCUUCUUACAUCCCUAGGAGAAGCAGACGGUCUUUUUGGAAAGCUGCUGUUGAAAGUAGCAAGAAUAUAUCUCAGCUUGCUCUUCAGGUAAGAUAUCUGGAUAUGAGUUUAAGAUGGAGAGAACUUGUGCGGCCAGACCAAAAUCUCCAGAAUGUCAAAGGCCCAGAGACAGAUGUUGCCAUUUUUAGAAACGCUCGGAUAUGUGACAAAAAGCUUAGUGAUAACAAGGUUAGCUACGGAGUUUUCUUUGGAAAUCAAAAGCAUCUGCCAUCACGCGUCAUGAAGAAUAUAAUGGAGGUCGAGAAAACCCAAGAUAGAAAUGAAAAGUAUUGGUUACAAGAAGCCCAUGUUCCCCUAUACUUGAUCAAAGAAUUUGAAGAGAGCUUGCAUAGAGUACAAAUGCCUUCUUCAACCAAGAAGCCAUCCAAGAAAUUAUCAAAGCUUCAGAGAAAGCAGCUGAAAGCUUCCCUCAUGGACAUAUUUUCAUAUAUAGCCUCAAGGAGGGACAAGAUGGAGAAAUGUUCUUGUGCAUCAUGUGAUCAUGAUGUUCUAUUACGGGAUACAACAACAUGCAGUUCUUGCCAUGGAUUUUGUCACAAGGAUUGCACUUCGAUGUCUCAACACACAAAUGGAAAUGUUGAAGUUCUGGUCACCUGCAAACGGUGUUACCUUUCAAAAACUCGAGUUCCAACAAAUAUCAAUCACAGACAGUCAACAGCACCCCAGUUCACGAUCAACGUACGACAUCAAAAUGCAGUCAUUCCAGUCAUCAAGGUUAAGCCUCCUAGUCAACAAUUAUCAUCCCAGAAGCCACGGGAGAACACUUCGGGAGUUAAACAAGUCACUCCUGAUUCUAGUGUAUCUAAGAGUAAACAGAAGACACUGUCCUGUGGAGUCAUAUGGAGGAAAAAGAACGUAGAGGACACAGGUGUUGAUUUCCGGAAUCAAAACAUUCUCUUGGCCGGUAGAUCAGAUAAACCGAGCCUGGAACCGGUUUGUGGGAUCUGCCUACUGCCGUAUAAUCCUGGGUUAACGUAUAUUCACUGUACAAAAUGCGAAAAGUGGUUCCACACUGAAGCUGUUAAGCUCAAAGAUUCACAAAUUCCUGAAGUUGUUGGGUUCAAAUGUUGCAAAUGUCGACGUAUACGAUCCCCUGAUUGCCCUUACAUGGAUCCCAAACUCAAGGAACAGAAGCAGAUCAAAAGAAUAGUCUUCACGAACCAGAAACAGAGGCAAGGAAAUUCUGGGUUGGAUUCUGAUUCUGAAAGAAUGUCUGAACAAAAAGACUCGAAACCUUCUACUCCGUUACCUGCCACUCCUUUAUAUCCUCCUGACGAUGUAUUUAUUCCAGAAGAUGAUCCUCUCCUGGUAUCAGUUUCCAAAGUCAAACAAAUCACACCCAGUAGUUUCGAUCUUGAAUGGAGCACCACUGCUUUUGCGCCUGGACCCCAAAAGCUACCAGUUAGAAGGCAAGUGAAACGAGAAGAUUCUGAUGCAGCCUAUCCUGAACUGCAUCCUAUUGUGAAACCCGAGGCAGAGGAGCAAGCUUUACCUGUUCUAACAGAAUGGGAUUUGUCUGGUGAGCUACUUUUCGACUACGAGGACAUGGAAUUUGAACCGCAAACUUAUUUCUCGUUGACCGAGCUACUGACAGCCGAUGAUAGUGGUGGUGGUCAGUACCAGGAAAAUGGUGAUAUGGUUGUUUCAGGAAACCCUCAGUUCGAACCAACAGAAAAAGAAGAGUGUGAAGAUGAUAUGGGUCCAUGUCAGAGAUGUUUGCAAAUGGAUCCAGCGCCUGAUCUUUUGUGCACGGUUUGUGGAUUGCUUAUACAUUCUCACUGUUCUCCAUGGUCAGCCUUACCCGGAAGUAGCUGGAGCUGUGGUCAAUGCCGUGAGUGGCAGUAGCUGGACCCUUUGAUUUCAAGCCCCUUCCCAAAUUUUAACUUCCACAUUCUUUGACAAUGAAUUUGAGGGAAAAUUGUAUCCUCCUUUGUUUGGCUUAUAAUGGCAAAUGAGCUGUAAUUUCUAGUUUUUUUUUAGGUUUGUCUUCGUCUAUUUUAUUUAUCUUCGUUUAUAGAGUGGAUACAUGUUUGCUUUCAAAUUCAUACCAAGCAGGGAUGCUUACUUGGUGGAAUGAUUAACUUUCAUGAAUUAGGGCACUAGGAAGCAUUACACUAGGAAGCUUUGGUGCAAUCACACAGUUCAAGUCGAUUCUUCCUGACCGGAGUACAAAAGUUGACAUUUCGCUAGCUGGUCCAUUUGCUGGAGCUGCACUCUCAGUUUCCAUGUUUGCUGUUGGUCUGUUCCUAUCUACAGAACCAGAUGCAGCUAACGACCUGGUCCAGGUUCCCAGCAUGUUAUUUCAAGGUUCAUUACUUCUUGGACUCAUCAGCAGAGCAACUCUGGGAUAUGCAGCUUUGCAUGCUGCGACAGUUUCAAUCCACCCGCUUGUAAUUGCCGGAUGGUGUGGUUUAACAACAACAGCAUUUAAUAUGCUUCCAGUGGGAUGUUUGGAUGGAGGAAGAGCUGUACAGGGCGCAUUUGGGAAAAAUGCACUGGUUACAUUUGGUUUGUCAACCUAUGUAAUGCUUGGACUCAGAGUGCUCGGUGGCCCUUUGGCACUUCCUUGGGGACUCUACGUACUAAUCUGCCGGGUACACAAAAUUUCUAAACUCUGCUACUUCAAAAAUACGAGUCAGCUUUAAAAGAUGUUUCUAAGCAGUAUGUUUUGGACAUAGAACACCUGAAAAACUGUGUCUAAACGACGUGACCGAGGUUGGAACUUGGAGGAAGGCCCUUGUAGGGAUUGCACUAAUCCUAGUGGUUUUGACACUCCUGCCUGUAUGGGACGAACUCGCAGAAGUAGGCAUAGGGCUUGUAACCACAUUUUGAUGUUAUCUUCCUUCUUUGAGCAGAUGUUGUAGUUAGGGCCAAUCCGAAACAAAUUUUUUGUUUUGGCAAUAUUUAGAUUGCCAGAUAUAAUGAGCCAUGUAGGUACACUGUAAGCUAAUAGAAAAGUAUUCAUAUGUAAUUACUUCAAUUCAUUCUUC